CGGGGUGUUUCCUGUGUCAUACAUAUACCCACACAUAUGCUUCUCUUGCUUCUUUCUUGUUUUCUCUCUGCCAAUUCAAAUUGCUCCUUUCUCGGGAAAAUCUUCACGCUCGUUUUCCCGGGAUUUCUCGUUCCGCGUUCCUGUUAAUCGUUUUCGCGAUCGGAACCAAGGUUUCAAUCUCUGUUCAAUUCCCUUGCCUUUCCGUUUGCUCGUGAGUUCUCAAAAGGUUAAGAAAAAACCCACUCAGGCCUUCGUUCUUUCAUUCCCUAGCGGCUUCAUUGUUCGAUUCAGGGUUUAAUAAAAUAAAUUCACUCACUCGCGGUUCGCAGAGCGUUUCAAGAUUUAAUACUCGGGCCAUUGCCAGGAUAUAUUGCGAAUUUGGCUAAGCCUCGUGAGUUUGGGGUUCGGAUUGCAAAAUUCUUGGCGACGGCGUUUCGAUUCGAAUGCAAUUAGGGUUUCGAGGUGCGCGAAUUCGUUGAUGUGGAUGAUUGCAGCGGCAUGAUAGUUAAGCGGACAAUGAAAACCGAAGCGCCGAACCUGAAAAGAUGUAAGAUUGACGGUACCGAGAAUGCGAUUCAGAAGAAGCGUAGGGUGAACGGGUUGUAUUCGCUGGGAGUGUCGGGGGAUGCUGGAUAUUUCAGCAGUGGUUCUGGUUCUUGGAGCAGUGAAGGAUCGUAUUGGGGUGGCGGUGGUGAGGUUCAGUCGAAUUCGAAUUCUUUUCUGUUCAAUGGGAAAAUGGUGAAGGAGGCAUGUCGUCCUCCGCUUCUGCGGUCCUCGCGUGGACGCCUUCAGAAGCUUCCGUCGAGGUUCAAUGACUCGGUUCUUGAGGCGGACGGAGACUCGAGCUUUGAAGAUAACGAUAAGAGUUAUGUGGAGGACGGAAGGGGUGGCAUUGGUGUGAGCGUGGAGAAGAGUGAUAGUGUGUGUUGUUCGUCUAGUGUUGGGAGAAGGACUGGUGUUAUGGCUGAGAGUAAUACAUCUGGGAUUAGUUUUGAGGGUGUGGACCAAAAACCCAAUGGAUUUAAGAAGAAUGAGGUUUUCAAGCUGGAGGAUUUUUCUUUGGGGGAUAUAGUUUGGGCUAAGUGUGGGAAGAGGUAUCCGGCUUGGCCUGCUGUGGUGAUUGAUCCUGCCUUGGAAGCUCCAGAGUCCGUACUCAGCUGUUGUAUUCCCGGCGCGCUCUGCGUGAUGUUUUUUGGUUAUUCAAAGAAUGGAACUCAGAGGGACUAUGCGUGGGUGAAGCAGGGAAUGGUGUUCCCUUUCUCUGAGUUCUUGGACAGGUUUCAGGGGCAGACUCGGUUGUACAAGAGCAAACCUAGUGACUUCCGCAUGGCCCUGGAGGAGGCAAUGCUGGCAGAAGAUGGUGUUCUGGAAUCACAUUUGGGAAGAGGGGAAGUAUCUGAUGCAGAAGCUCAUCCUGCUCAACUUAUGGAGGCUAACUGCUAUUAUGUUGACGAAGAAUACUACGGGCAGGAACAGGUUACAAGGUACUGUGCUGGUUGUGGUCUGAUAUUGCCAUGCAAAACCAUGAAGAAGAUGAAGGAUUCAAAUUGUGCACCCCGAUUUUAUUGUAAACAUUGCACUAAGCUACGAAAAUCAAAGCAGUAUUGUGGCAUUUGCAAAAGGAUUUGGCAUCAUUCAGAUGGUGGGAAUUGGGUGUGUUGUGAUGGUUGUAAUGUGUGGGUGCAUGCUGAGUGUGAUAAAAUAACCAGCAGACUUUUCAAGGAUCUGGAAAAUACGGAUUAUUACUGUCCAGAUUGCAAGGGAAAAUUCAGUAGCAAAUUACCAGCAUCACAAACCUACAAUCCGGAAAUCAAAUCAAUAGAGAAUAGCCAAAAUUCUAUGAUACCCGAUAGUGUAUUGGUGGUGUGCAAGGACAUGGAAGGAAUAUAUAUCCCAAAGCUUCAUCUAGUAAUGUGCAAUUGUGGCUCUUGUGGAUCGAGGAAGCAGACACUUAGUGAAUGGGAAAAACAUACAGGUUGCAGAGCGAAAAAAUGGAAACAUAGUGUGAAAGUGAAAAGUACAAUGCUACCUCUGGAAAAAUGGUUGGCUGAACACAUUCCACUAGAGGGAGUAUCCCAGCAGUUAGAUCAGCAGCAGGUACUUGCUUUUUUGCAAGAGAAGUAUGAGCCUGUUAAUGCAAAAUGGACAACAGAAAGAUGUGCUGUUUGCAGAUGGGUUGAAGAUUGGGAAGAUAACAAAAUUAUUAUUUGUAACAGAUGCCAAAUAGCAGUCCACCAAGAGUGCUAUGGUGCAAAAAAUGUUCAAGAUUUAACUUCUUGGGUUUGUAGAGUAUGUGAAACUCCCGAUGUUGAGAGAGAGUGUUGCCUCUGCCCAGUAAAAGGUGGUGCACUAAAGCCAACGGAUGUUGAAAUGUUGUGGGUUCAUGUAACAUGUGCUUGGUUUCGACCUCAAGUUGUUUUCCAAGACCAUGAGGCCAUGGAACCUGCUGUGGGAAUCCUUAAAAUUCCUCCUAAUUCGUUUGUGAAGACUUGCGUGAUUUGUAAACAGAGCCAUGGUUCCUGUAUAACUUGUUGCAAGUGUGCUACAUAUUUUCAUGUGAUGUGUGCAUCAAGGGCAGGAUAUACAAUGGAAUUGCAUUCCAUGGAGAAGAAUGGGAAUCAAAUAACAAAGAAGCUAAUAUAUUGUUCAGUUCACAGGGUCCCAAAUCCAGAUUCAGUACUGGUCGUACACACACCCCUGGGGAUUUUCUCUCCCAGAACUUCACUUCAAAAUCAGAAGGGAUGCUUCAGGGGAUCAAGGCUAAUUUCAUCAAAGAAUAUAGAGCUUAUUGAAUCUUCAACCACUGAAAAAGAGGUCGUUGAGCCACUAUCUGCUGCUAGAUGUCGAGUCUACCGUAGGUCUACUAAUAAGAGAGCCAAUGAGCCAAUAAUUCACUUGCCUAAGGGACCCAGCCUUCAUUCUUUAGAUGCAAUAACUCUGUUGAACGACUUUAAGGAUGGUGAUGAAUCUAAAGUAUUCACUUCUUUCAAGGAACGUCUUCACCAUUUACGGGAAAUGGAAAAAUUGAGAGUUUGCUUUGGAAAAUCGGGCAUUCAUGGAUGGGGCCUCUUUGCUCGUAGAAAUAUACAAGAAGGAGAGAUGGUUGUUGAAUAUCGGGGUGUGAAUGUAAGGCGUAGUGUUGCUGAUUUGAGGGAAGCAAAAUAUCGUUCGGAAGGCAAAGAUUGCUAUCUGUUCAAGAUUAGCGAGGAAGUGGUAGUUGAUGCAACAAACGUGGGCAAUAUUGCACGCUUAAUAAAUCAUUCUUGCAUGCCAAACUGUUACGCAAGGAUAAUGAGUCUGGGUGAUCAGGAGAGCCGGAUUGUUCUUAUUGCCAAGACUAAUGUUUCUGCUGGUGACGAACUAACGUAUGACUACUUGUUCGAUCCAGAUGAGCGGGAUGACCUGAAAGUUCCCUGCCUUUGCAAAGCUUCCAAUUGUAGGAGAUUUAUGAAUUAGGUUUAGCUUUUAUUUGCUCUUUGAAAAAUUGCAGUUACCAAACCACAGUAAAUUUUUCCAAUUCAGUCAUUUUUUUAAUUUUUUACUAGUUUAGUAUAAUUUGUAUAUCAUUAUAUAAAAUAAAAUAGAUCAUUUCUGUGCAAAUUAGAUUGAGGGAUUUUCCUAUCUUACAAGGAUGUUCUUCAAAUUGUUUGACAUCUAGCGGCAAUUCAUAAAGGAACACACAAGUUACAUGAUACAUUUCGAACAUUUCAUGUAAACCCUAACCCAUAUACUAUAUAUUUUUUUUUCUUCCAAAAAUGCAGUAUUUGAAUAGGGCAUUUAAAAAUUAAACCAAAAUUGGCUUGGGCUUUAUGGAUUAGGACCCUUCUCACCUCCACCCCCAAACAACUGAUAUCUUU